AUGAAGCUGCUGCUGCUGCUGCUGGGUUUGGCGCUAAUUCUAGUCUGUGUCCACACAGGACAAACUGGUGCCAUCGGAAAGAGCUUUAAUCCAGAAAAGAUUGAGGGAGAAUGGUAUACUGUUGGCUUGGCUGCCGACAAAAGAGAAAUAAUAGAAGAAAAUGGUAGCAUGAGAAUUUUCGUGGAGCACAUCCAUGUCUUCAAGAAUUCUUCCUUAGCCUUUCAAUUCCAUACUGUUAUGAAUGGAGAGUGCACCGAGCUGUAUUUAGUUUCUGACAAAACAGAAAAGGAAGGUGAAUAUUAUGUCAAAUAUGAUGGAGACAAUAUCUUUAAUGUACUUGCUACAGACUAUGAUGAUUAUAUUAUAUUUCAUCUCAGAAAUAUCAACAAUGGGGAAACGUUCCAGAUGAUGGAGCUCUAUGGCCGGAAACCAGAGUUGAGUUCAAACAUCAAGGAAAAGUUUGUGGAUCUAUGCAAGAAGCACGGAAUUGUUGAGGAAAAUAUAUUGGACCUAACUGGGUGGUACCUGAUACCUGAAUGUGUUCUUGUUCUCACCCUGCAGAUCGCUGUCUCCAGGCCCGAGAUGGAGGAGAGGCCUGAGCCUCCAGUGUUGAAUGGGGACUCCUCACCUGGACUCCAGCAUCAUCCCUUUCUGUCCACACACCACCCUGGUCAAUUCCUCUACUGCGAUGUUUCAUCUUUAGCCAUUGGACAUCAGCGUUCAAGGUUUAUUAUCACCCAGCUUCCAGGAUCCCCACAUCCCAACAUGAUCUCAGAGGUCCCCUCUUAUCCAUGGGGUCGUUCUCUGAACUGUCCAGUGAAAGCCAGCAGCCAUAAGGAGCACCAAACUCUGGCUUUCCUCUAUGCACAUAUCUACACACACCUUUGA